CGCACUCGAUCGCCAGUUUCGUGGUGCGUCGGUAUCGUGUAUUGGUGUGUGCCUAGUCACUGGAAAGCGGGACGGUGCGUGAACGCGAAGCUGAGAAGGCUUAUGAGGCGUCCAAGAAUUGAAGACGUUGGAAACGUCGCAUCAGACGAGAUGCUGAAGUCGGGCCAUCGUGUUCUCGGUGCGGCUAGCUCUGCGGGCGAAGCCAGUACCGCCAGGUUCUUCGGUUUCCCCCAAGACGACAGGGCUGUGUUGCCAGGGUCAAGGCGUCAGGUCCAAAAAUACACUGCUCCAGCGGACGCCCGCAAAACUAUCCGGUUGCUGAGGGUCGGCCAUUUUUCUGCUGAGCGGCGCUGCACACGGUUCCCAACUUGUCCUUCAGGACGUGGCACUCGCGGCAUCGGUUGGCUCCUACGUACGAGUGGGUGA